AUGGAUGGAUCUAGUCAUCGAGGCAGUAGUAAUGUGGAUAUGUUCUUACCCAAUUAUAAGCUUGGUAAAACUCUUGGAAUCGGUUCUUUCGGUAAGGUUAAAAUUGCGGAGCAUGCAUUGACCGGGCACAAAGUCGCCAUCAAGAUACUUAAUCGCCGCAAGAUUAAAAAUUUGGAUAUGGAAGAGAAAGUGCGAAGAGAAAUCAAAAUCUUGAGAUUAUUUAUGCAUCCCCAUAUCAUUCGUCUAUAUGAGGUUAUUGAAACACCGACGGAUAUAUACGUUGUGAUGGAGUAUGUUAAGUCUGGGGAACUGUUUGAUUAUAUUGUGGAGAAAGGAAGGUUGCAGGAAGAUGAGGCCCGCAACUUUUUCCAGCAGAUAAUUUCUGGUGUGGAAUACUGCCACAGGAAUAUGGUUGUCCACAGGGACCUUAAGCCUGAGAAUUUGCUCCUGGAUUCUAAAUGUAAUGUCAAGAUAGCUGAUUUUGGGUUGAGCAAUAUAAUGAGAGAUGGCCACUUUCUGAAGACAAGUUGUGGAAGCCCAAACUAUGCAGCCCCAGAGGUUAUCUCUGGAAAAUUGUAUGCUGGGCCUGAAGUGGACGUGUGGAGUUGCGGCGUUAUAUUGUAUGCUCUUCUUUGUGGUACUCUUCCAUUUGAUGAUGAAAAUAUACCCAACCUAUUUAAGAAAAUAAAGGGAGGGAUAUACACUCUUCCUAGUCAUUUAUCACCUGGUGCAAGAGAUCUUAUCCCUAGGAUGCUAGUGGUCGAUCCGAUGAAGCGAAUGACUAUACCUGAAAUUCGUCAGCACCCGUGGUUCCAAGCUCGUCUCCCACGUUACUUGGCUGUCCCUCCACCAGAUACAAUGCAACAAGCCAAAAAGAUUGAUGAGGAGAUUCUGCAGGAAGUGAUUAAAAUGGGAUUUGACAGGAACCAACUUAUUGAAUCUCUUCGCAACAGAAUACAGAAUGAGGGUACUGUGGCGUACUAUUUGCUAUUGGAUAACAGGUUCCGGGUUUCUAAUGGAUAUCUUGGAGCAGAGUUUCAAGAGACCAUGGAACUGGGUUACAAUCGUAUGCAUCCUAGUGAGCCUGUUUCUCCAUCUGGCGGGCAUCGCCCCGCUGGGUAUAUGGAAUAUCAAGGGAUGGGCUUGAGAUCACAAUAUCCUGUUGAUAGGAAAUGGGCACUUGGACUUCAGUCUCGAGCCCAUCCACGUGAAAUAAUGACGGAAGUCCUAAAAGCUUUGCAAGAACUGAAUGUCGGCUGGAAGAAGAUUGGUCACUACAACAUGAAGUGCCGGUGGUUCCCUGGUAGCCCCGGACACCAUGAAGGCAUGCUAAAUGAUUCUGGCCCCAAUAACCACUUCUUUGGGGAUGAUUCUUCCAUUAUCGAGAACGACGGAGCAACCAAAGCACCAAACGUCGUGAAAUUCGAAGUCCAGCUGUACAAAACACGGGAGGAGAAGUACUUGCUGGAUCUACAGCGAGUACAGGGACCACAGUUCCUGUUCUUGGACCUCUGUGCAGCUUUCCUUGCACAGCUCCGCGUGCUUUAG